AUGGCGCGGCAGCCGUCCUCCACUAUUAUCAGUAAUACUACAUCCGCCCCGGUCUUCGCCCAAUUCCGCGAGGACCCACCGUCUUGGAUCAGAUCAUCAAGAGGUUCAACUUCAAAUCCGAUGACUCCCACUCCUUCAGUUCAUCAGAGACCACAGAGCGCGUACCUCAUGCCGACCAGUCCAGCUAGAGGUCGCCGUGGCAGCACGGAUUAUCGCCCCGUUAUCCGCAAAGCACAAGGCAAUGUCCCUGCGUGUUUGGUCAAUGCAUCCGUGACGUAUUGCAACAAUGACCAGAUCUAUGCAUUUGGGGGAUUUGAUCAGUUCACAGACGAAGUUUACAACCAUGUUCUGAGGUUAGACUUGGAAGUACUUCGUUGGGAACUUGUGGAUAACUAUGGCGAUAUUCCCGGUGUUCGCAUGGGACACACUGCUACUCUGUAUCAAGGCGACAAACUCAUUGUCUUCGGGGGAGAAAAUGAACAUCGCGAAUACCUAUCUGAUAUCGUCAUCCUCGAUAUCCCCACUUCGACCUGGACUCAACCGGAAAUUCGUGGACAAAUCCCGCGGGGAAGGGCUCGUCAUGCUGCUGUCAUUCAUGACGAGAAGCUUUUCAUCAUAGGCGGUGUUACUGGAGAGAACAAUGUGAUUCUCGAUGACCUAUGCUACCUUGACCUGAAAACAUGGACUUGGUCCCGGAGUUGGAGAUUCACAGCUCGUUUCGACCACACCGCCUGGGUUUGGGGAGACCGUCUUUGGAUAUUCGGAGGCCUUGACCCGGAUAUGGAACGCACAACUGAUAUUUGGUGGCUUGAUCUCAAGGGCUCGCCGUUUCUUGGAACCCCGUCUUCGCAAGACACGGUAUAUAGUAGUCCAACCCAGCAGCUGCCUGGCCGGUCCGGUAGCUACGCGGCGAAUUCUGGGAGUGUACAAGUUCGCAACUCCGGUCGAAAAAAGCCAAUUGCCCCAGGAGCUAUCUCUUGUCAUAAGUUCCGAUCCGGUCCUUAUGUUCCUGCCUUGUCUGCUGGAACCCACUUUCAGGCUCAUGCAUCUGGUGUCCUCCUCGACCUGAUCACUCCUUCCGAAACCGUCCGGACGUAUGAGUGCAAGUUAUCGGCUUUGGAGCUUGACACUCUUCGGUGGCAGAAACUAGCUGAUGGGCAAGAGAUUUUCAAGCCCGGGUACCGCUGGCAUUAUUGUACAGUCAACGCUAGUGGCACCAAAGCCUGGCUGCUGGGAUGCAGCCUUGAGGUUGGCGCCGCGCCUGGCAACAGUGAUGAAAAUCAUAUGAGCGAAGUGCUUUGCAUUGACCUGGAGAAAUACGGUUUGCUUGGCAAUGAACUGGCGACCCUGUCUCCUGAUCAAAGCCGGGCUUUGGUAUCGGAAAGGUCAGGACUGCCGCCCAUUUCUGGGCUUGGUGCGGAUCUCUCCGCUGUCUUCGACCAACCUCCAGAGUCUGGCAGUGAUGCUGACUUUAUCAUCACCGCAAAUCCGGAUGACAUCGAAUAUCCGGACGAUGUGGCAGAGGAUGCUCCUCCGACAGACUCUCAACCGGCGUUCCUGCCCGCGAAUGCUCCCACUUCGCCUCCUAUUCAUGUACAUCGGAUCAUCCUGCAGCUUCGGUGGCCGCAUUUCAAGCGACUGUAUUCCGCGCAAAUGGCAGAGUAUCACUCUAAGAGAAUGCAUAUUCCUGAACCAUACUCUGUCGUCCGUGCUUUCCUCUACUAUCUAUACACAGACAGCAUAUCAGGGCACCCUGAAUAUUGCUCCAGCAUCAUCGAUGUUGCAGGUAUGCUCGUCAUGGCGAACCUAUAUGACAUGCCAAAGCUGCGCCUGCUCUGCGUGAAUCGCUUGAGCCGCGAGUUAGAUGUGGAGAACGCGGCCAUCAUCUGGGAACGGGCCGGGCGGACCAACGAAGAUUGGUUGAUGCGGCGCGCCGCACAAUUUUGCCUCAGCCACUGGGGGCGCGUUGUGCGGACCGACGGCUUCAAGUCCCUCAGUCGUCAGAGCUUGAUUGAGCUGUGCGAGGUGGUCGACAUGGAAGGUCGGAUUGUUGCCGGGCCCGAACUGGAGCUAGUGGGUGCUCUAGGAGCGGAGGGGCUUGAUCUCAGCAGGGAUACCAAGCGAUCCCGGCCUUCUGUUGGAGGCGCUAUGACUGACGACGUGGAUGACCUCGAAGGGGACGAUGUAGAUGGAAUGGAGAUUGUUUGA